CUUCCCCUCCGGACCCCCCCCUCUUCUUCUCGCUUGGAUUCAGACGGCGGUUUCGCUCAGUGCUUGGGAGAUGGGAAGUAAUGAUAGCUGGCACCUGAACUAAAAUCUGUUUGUAGGCACUACCAUCCCAGCACUUCAGGAUGAAUGGGGAUAUGCCUCAUGUUCCCAUCACUACUCUUGCAGGGAUUGCUAGUCUCACAGACCUUUUGAACCAGCUGCCUCUUCCAUCACCUUUACCUGCUACAACAACGAAAAGCCUGCUUUUUAAUGGACGAAUUGCAGAAGAGGUGAACUGUCUUUUGGCCUGUAGGGAUGAAAAUUUGGUUUCACAACUUGUACACAGCCUCAACCAGGUGUCAACAGAUCACAUAGAACUGAAAGAUAACCUUGGCAGCGAUGAUCCGGAAGGAGAUAUACCAGUCUUGCUGCAGGCUGUCUUGGCAAGGAAUCCUAAUGUUUUCAGGGAGAAAAGCAUGCAAAAUAGAUAUGGGGUACAAAGUGGCAUGAUGAUGCCGCAGUACAAACUUUCUCAGAAUUCCAUGCACGGUAGUCCUGCAUCUUCCAAUUAUCAGCAAACCACUAUCUCUCAUAGCCCUUCCAGUCGCUUCGUGCCACCGCAGUCAAGUUCUGGUAACAGGUUUAUGGCACCACAAAACAGCCCAGUGCCUAGUCCAUAUGCUCCUCAAAGCCCUGCAGGAUACUUGCCAUACUCACACCCUCCAAGUUACACGCCGCACCCACAGAUGCAGCAAGCUUCGGUAUCCAGUCCCAUUGUCUCAAGUGGGAUGAGGAAUAUACAUGAAAAUAAGGUUACAAGUCAGUUGUCUGGAAGUUCAGCCAAUCAUCAUACUGAUAAUUCUAGACAUGGCUCCAGUGAAGACUACCUACAGAUGGUGCACAGAAUAAGCAAUGAAGAUGGAGAUUCUUCAAUAAGGAACGCUGCAUCAUUUCCCUUGAGGUCUCCACAAUCAGUGUGCUCCCCUGCUGGAAGUGAUGGAACACCUAAAGGAUCAAGACCACCAUUAAUACUUCAGUCUCAGCCUCCACCUUACUCAUCACCUAGAGAUGUUCCCCCAGACAUAUUAUUAGAUUCUCCAGAAAGAAAGCAAAAGAAACAAAAGAAAAUGAAGUUAGGCAAGGAUGAAAAAGACCAGACUGAAAAGGCUGCAAUGUAUGAUAUCAUUAGCUCUCCAUCCAAGGACUCUACUAAACUUACGUUAAGACUCACUCGUGUAAGAUCUUCAGAUAUGGACCAGCAGGACGAUAUGCUUUCUGGUUUGGAAAACAGUAAUGUUUCAGAAGGGGAUAUUUCUUUUAAUGUUCAGUAUCCAGGACAGACUUCUAAAACACCCGUUACUCCACAGGAUAUUAAUCGCCCACUAAAUGCUGCUCAGUGUUUGCCGCAGCAUGAACAAACCGCAUUCCUUCAGGCACAACAAGUGCCUGUUUUACAACCGAACACUUCAGUUUCUGCAAAACAACCUCAAAAUCCUUUGGUACAGACGCAUCAACAGGUUUCGCAACAUGGAACUAUAACGCCAUACGAUGAAGUAGAAUUGGAUGCAUUGGCUGAAAUUGAACGGAUAGAACGUGAAUCAGCUAUUGAAAGGGAGCGAUUUUCAAAAGAAGUGCAAGACAAAGAUAAGCCUUUGAAGAAAAGAAAACAAGAUUCCUAUCCGCAGGAGGCUGGAGGUGCUACUGGAGGAAACAAACCAGCUUCUCAGGAGACAGGUUCUGCGGGAAAUGGGUCAAGGCCAGCCUUGAUGGUUAGUAUUGAUCUUCAGCAAGCAGGACGGGCAGACUCUCAGGCAGCUGUAACUCAGGAUUCAGACACCAUCAAAAAGCCUGAAGAGAUGAAGCAGUGUAAUGAUGGUUCUGUGUUUGUUUCCCAAGAGGAUGUCGGAGUACUUAAACAAAAAUCUGAGAACCAUCCUGAAACCCCUAGGAAAAAAACAGAUCCUGAAAGUUUAAAGGUGGAAAUACAACCCAUUGAGAACAAACCAACAGAAGUGCAGCAAAAUGAGAGUAAGCGGAUAGAAACGAAACAUAGUGAAAGCAAACAGACAGAAAUUAAACAGGAAAGCAAACACGAAAGUAGGCAAACGGAUGUAAAACAAAAUGAGGGCAAGCAAAAUAAUGGUAAACAGGAUAUAAGACAAAAACCUGAGACUCCCAAACAGAAAAAUGAAGUGAGGCCAGAUACUCCAAAACAGAAAAAUGAAGGCAGACCAGAAACCCCAAAGCAGAGGAAUGAAGGCAGGCCAGAAACCCCAAAACACAGGCAUGAAAACAGGCGGGAUUCUGGUAAAUCCUCUUCAGAAAAGAAGCCUGAUUUAUCUAAACACAAAAUGGACAUGAAAUCUGAUCCUUCCAGGGUGAAAUCUGAAAGGCCUGAUAUAUUAAAACAGAGACCAGAUGUACGCUCAGUUUCUGUCUCAUUAAGGCGUGAUCUUGAUCACCUUAAACCAAAAUCUGAGGACCGGAGUGAAUCGGAGAGACAUAGAGGAGAUUCAUCGAAGCUAAGAAGGCCUGAGUAUUUGAGGUCUUCAAGUAAGACUGAGCACGACUCUAAACAUGGCAUUAAAUCUGAUAACUCAAAGGCUGAAAAACUAGAAAGAAAACACAGACAUGAGUCUGGUGAGUCCCGGGACAGGUUGUCUUCUGGGGAUCAGAGAUCAAGACCUGACAGUCCUCGUAUUAAACAGGAAAGUAAAAGUGAUAUUAGUAAAUCAAGAUCGGACAGACCAGGUUUCAGAUCAUCCAACAGUAAAGAUGAACGAAGGACAGAUGGUAAUAAGAGCAAACUGGAUAGUAAUAAAGCACAUACUGACAGCAAAGCAGAAUUUCCCAGUUUUUUGUUGGGGGCAAGAUCUGGGGCUUUGAAACACUUUAUCAUUCCAAAAAUAAAGCGGGAUAAAGAUGGCAAUGUCAUGCAUGAUACAAGGAAAUCGGAAAUUAAGGGUGAACCAAAGGACAAAGUAGAGAAGAUUGGGCUAGUGGAGGAUCUAAAUAAAGGAGCUAAACCAGUUGUUGUUCUGCAGAAGCUUUCUUUGGAUGAUGUACAAAAAUUUAUUAAGGACAGAGAAGACAAAUCUAGGAGCUCUUGUUUCAAAUCUAACAAGAACAAGUCAUCCAGACCCAACAAAGGCAGCAUAGAUCAGUCAGUGUUAAAGGAAUUACCUCCUGAACUGCUAGCAGAAAUUGAAUCUACCAUGCCUCUUUGCGAACGAGUGAAAAUGAACAAACGUAAACGUAGCACUGUAAACGAGAAACCAAAAUAUGCUGAAAUCAGUUCUGAUGAAGACAAUGACAGUGAAGAGGCUUUUGAAACUUCCCGUAAAAGGCAUAAGAAAGACAGAAAUGAGGAUAAAGCUUGGGAAUAUGAAGAGCAUGACAGACGAGGUUCUGGGGAUCAUAGAAGGAGUAGCCAUUAUCACGAAGGAAGGAGGAGCUCUGGAAGCAGUCGAUAUCGCAAUCGCAGUCCAGAGGACUCAGACAUGGAUGACUAUUCCCCUCCUCCUAGCCUCAGCGAAGUGGCUAGAAAAAUGAAGAAGAGAGAAAAACAAAAGAAGAGGAAAGCUUAUGAGCCAAAGCUAACACCAGAAGAAAUGAUGGAUUCUUCUACAUUUAAGAGGUUCACCGCUUCAGUAGAAAAUAUUUUGGACAACUUAGAAGACAUGGAUUUUACUGCGUUUGGUGAUGAUGAUGAAAUGCCUCAAGAGUUACUACUGGGAAAACAUCAACUUAGUGAACUGGGCAGUGAAUCUGCCAAAAUCAAAGCAAUGGGCAUUAUGGACAGGCUUUCAACGGAAAAAACAGUGAAAGUUUUAAACAUUUUGGAGAAGAAUAUUCAAGAUGGCGCAAAGCUUUCCACUCUGCUCAAUCAUAAUGACACUGAAGAUGAGGAAAGAUUGUGGAGAGACUUGAUUAUGGAGAGAGUCACAAAAUCUGCAGAUGCCUGCCUUACCGCGAUCAACAUCAUGACAUCUCCCAAUAUGCCCAAAGCUGUUUAUAUUGAAGAUGUAAUAGAAAGAGUUAUUCAGUACACUAAAUUUCACUUGCAAAACACUCUGUAUCCUCAGUAUGAUCCUGUUUAUCGGUUGGAUCCUCAUGGUGGUGGUGUGCUAAGCUCAAAAGCAAAACGUGCCAAGUGUUCCACCCACAAACAGAGAGUAAUAGUGAUGCUGUACAACAAAGUCUGUGAUAUUGUUAGCAGUUUGGCUGAACUGUUGGAGAUCCAGCUUCUUACUGACACCACUAUUCUUCAAGUUUCUUCAAUGGGGAUUACACCUUUUUUUGUAGAAAAUGUCAGUGAACUUCAGUUGUGUGCCAUCAAGCUGGUCACUGCAGUCUUCUCAAGAUAUGAAAAGCAUAGGCAAUUGAUACUAGAAGAAAUUUUCACAUCGCUUGCAAGACUACCAACCAGCAAAAGAAGUCUGAGGAAUUUCAGAUUGAACAGCAGUGAUACUGAUGGAGAGCCUAUGUAUAUUCAGAUGGUGACUGCACUGGUGCUACAACUUAUUCAGUGUGUUGUACAUCUACCAUCAGGAGAGAAGGAUUCAAACUCUGAAGAGGAAUCAAAUAAAAAGGUGGAUCAAGAUGUCCUGAUUACAAACUCAUAUGAAACAGCCAUGAGAACAGCACAAAACUUCCUUUCUAUUUUUCUUAAGAAAUGUGGUAGCAAGCAAGGUGAAGAGGAUUAUAGGCCAUUGUUUGAGAACUUUGUUCAAGAUCUUCUUUCCACGGUCAACAAACCAGAAUGGCCAGCUGCAGAGCUGCUGCUUAGUUUAUUGGGAAGAUUAUUGGUCCAUCAAUUUAGUAAUAAAUCUACAGAGAUGGCUUUGAGAGUGGCAUCACUUGACUAUCUUGGAACGGUAGCAGCGCGACUGAGGAAGGAUGCAGUCACUAGCAAAAUGGAUCAGGGAUCUAUAGCCCGAAUUUUGAAACAGGUCUCAGGAGGGGAAGAUGAAAUACAACAGCUGCAGAAGGCAUUGCUAGAUUAUUUAGAUGAAAAUACAGAGACUGAUGCAUCGUUAGUGUUUUCUCGGAAAUUUUACAUAGCUCAGUGGUUUCGGGACACCACGAUGGAGACCGAGAAAGCAAUGAAGUCUCAAAAGGAUGAAGAUUCAUCUGAAGGAACGCACCAUGCAAAAGAAGUUGAGUCGACAGGACAAAUCAUGCACAGAGCAGAAAGUCGCAAAAAAUUUCUUCGUAAAAUCAUUAAAAUUGCACCCUCUCAGUUCAGUACGUUAAAGAUGAACUCUGAUACUGUGGACUAUGAAGAUGCUUGCUUGAUUGUUCGCUACUUGGCCUCUAUGAGGCCGUUUGCCCAGAGCUUCGAUAUUUAUUUGACACAGAUUCUGCGUGUGCUUGGUGAAAAUGCAAUUGCUGUUCGAACAAAAGCCAUGAAGUGUUUGUCUGAGGUUGUUGCUGUAGACCCCAGCAUUCUAGCCAGGCUGGAUAUGCAGCGGGGUGUUCAUGGACGGUUGAUGGAUAAUUCCACUAGUGUACGAGAGGCAGCCGUUGAGUUACUUGGUCGGUUUGUGCUUUGUCGACCACAGCUUGCUGAACAGUAUUACGACAUGCUGAUUGAGCGAAUAUUGGAUACUGGUAUUAGUGUCAGAAAAAGAGUGAUAAAGAUUCUUCGGGAUAUCUGCAUUGAACAACCCACAUUUCCCAAAAUUACAGAAAUGUGUGUAAAAAUGAUUCGCAGAGUCAAUGACGAGGAAGGCAUUAAGAAACUGGUGAAUGAAACAUUCCAGAAGCUGUGGUUUACCCCAACACCUCAUAAUGACAAAGAAGCAAUGACCAGGAAAAUACUGAAUAUCACUGAUGUGGUUGCAGCUUGUAGAGAUACAGGGUAUGACUGGUUUGAGCAGCUUCUUCAGAACCUGCUGAAGUCUGAAGAAGAUGCUUCCUAUAAGCCUGUGAAGAAGGCCUGUACUCAGCUGGUGGAUAAUUUGGUUGAACACAUUCUCAAAUAUGAGGAAUCUCUGGCAGAUUCUGACAACAAAGGUGUGAAUUCCGGUCGGUUGGUAGCUUGCAUAACCACUUUGUUUUUAUUCAGCAAAAUCAGGCCCCAGUUAAUGGUCAAACAUGCUAUGACCAUGCAGCCAUACCUUACCACUAAGUGCAGUACUCAGAAUGACUUCAUGGUGAUCUGCAAUGUUGCAAAAAUUUUAGAGUUGGUAGUGCCACUGAUGGAACAUCCAAGCGAGACCUUCCUUGCUACUAUUGAAGAAGAUCUCAUGAAGCUUAUAAUCAAAUAUGGCAUGACAGUAGUACAGCACUGCGUUAGUUGCCUUGGGGCCGUUGUAAACAAGGUCACUCAGAAUUAUAAAUUUGUAUGGGCCUGUUUUAAUAGAUAUUAUGGUGCACUUUCAAAGUUAAAAAGUCAACAUCAGGAAGACCCAAACAGCACUAUACUCACAGCAAAUAAACCAGCACUCCUUAGAUCCCUUUUCACUGUUGGAGCAUUGUGUCGGCAUUUUGAUUUCGAUCAAGAAGAUUUUAAAGGCAACAGCAAGGUUAACAUUAAGGACAAAGUACUUGAACUGCUGAUGUAUUUUACCAAACAUUCAGAUGAGGAGGUACAAACAAAAGCCAUUAUUGGUCUAGGGUUUGCAUUUAUACAACACCCAGGUCUAAUGUUUGAACAGGAGGUGAAAACACUGUACAACAACAUCCUUUCUGAUAAAAAUUGUUCAGUAAAUUUGAAAAUCCAGGUGUUAAAAAACCUCCAAACGUACCUUCAAGAGGAAGAUACACGAAUGCAGCAGGCAGAUAGAGAAUGGAAAAAGAUGGCAAAGCAGGAAGAUCUGAAAGAGAUGGGUGAUAUUUCCUCAGGGAUGAGUAGCUCAAUCAUGCAGCUUUAUCUCAAACAGGUCCUUGAGGCUUUCUUUCACACGCAGUCCAGCGUACGUCACUUUGCUCUCAAUGUUAUUGCACUGACGCUAAACCAGGGUCUUAUCCAUCCAGUUCAGUGUGUGCCAUAUUUGAUAGCUAUGGGCACAGAUCCAGAGCCUUCUAUGAGGAACAAAGCUGACCAGCAGCUGGUGGAGAUAGACAAAAAAUACGCUGGAUUCAUUCAUGUAUGUGCAGUUCUGCUUCUUUUCCUUAGUAUAAAACACACAUUGAUGAACAUUCAGAUGGAUAUAAAAAUAUACACAUCUUUGAAGAGCCAAACAAGGAAUNNNAGACAGGAUGAAUCCAGCAGUGCAUUGUGCUCACACCUUUACUCCAUGAUCCGAGGGAACCGGCAACACCGACGAGCCUUUCUAAUUUCCUUACUCAACCUCUUUGAUGAUACAGCUAAAACAGAGGUGAAUAUGCUCUUGUAUAUAGCAGACAAUCUAGCUUGUUUUCCUUACCAAACCCAGGAGGAGCCACUUUUUAUAAUGCACCAUAUAGACAUUACAUUAUCAGUUUCUGGUAGUAACCUUCUCCAGUCAUUUAAAGAGUCUAUGGUAAAGUAUAAAAAAGAGCGAAAGCCUUCAUCUGAUGAAGAGAGUGAAAGUGAAAGUAACAGUGAGAGCGACAGUGACAGCGAGGAGGAAGUCCACAGGCCCCGGAAGUUACGGAAACGUGCAGAUUCAGAGUCAGAUUCUGAUGAAGAGAAUGAUAUAAAUGCCGUCAUGAAGUGUUUGCCAGACAAUUCAGCGCCUCUAAUUGAAUUCGCAAAUGUCUCCCAGGGUAUAUUGUUGCUUUUGAUGUUAAAGCAGCAUUUGAAAAACCUCUGUGGAUUUUCUGAUAGUAAAAUUCAGAAAUAUUCCCCUUCUGAAUCGGCAAAAGUGUAUGAUAAAGCGAUAAACAGAAAGACAGGAGUUCACUUCCAUCCGAAACAGACGUUGGACUUCCUUCGAAGUGAUAUGGCUAAUUCCAAGCUCACAGAAGAAGUGAAGAGGAGUAUAGUUAAACAGUACUUAGAUUUCAAGCUUCUAAUGGAACACCUGGAUCCUGAUGAAGAAGAAGAAGAUGGCGAAGUGUCAGCUAGCACGAACGCUCGCAACAAAGCUAUUACCUCGCUGCUUGGAGGAGGCAGCCCUAAAAACAAUGCAGCUGAGACAGAGGAUGAUGAGAGUGAUGGGGAGGAUAGAGGAGGAGGCACUUCAGGGUCAUUGAGAAGGUCAAAACGAAAUUCAGACUCUACGGAGUUGGCAGCACAGAUGAAUGAAAGUGUUGAUGUCAUGGAUGUCAUCGCUAUUUGCUGUCCAAAGUACAAAGAUCGGCCGCAAAUUGCAAGAGUAGUACAGAAAACCGGCAGUGGCUUCAGUGUUCAGUGGAUGGCGGGCUCCUACAGUGGCUCCUGGACUGAGGCUAAGCGCCGUGAUGGUCGCAAACUGGUGCCUUGGGUAGACACUAUUAAAGAGUCAGACAUUAUUUACAAAAAAAUUGCUCUAACGAGUGCUAAUAAGCUGACUAAUAAAGUGGUUCAGACUUUACGAUCGCUGUAUGCCGCCAAGGAUGGAACUUCCAGCUAAUGCAUUUGUACAUGCAGCCAAAUUUUACAGGAAAUGAAAUAACAGAAAAAAAAACUUGAAAUACCAACUUUCUGGCAAAAAAAAAAAAGAGUCGAUUUAAUGAAGAGUAAGAAUGACACCUGGGAUGCAGGAAACGGAAGGAAAUGUUUGGUAAACAUUUUUGUGGGAGCUCCCUUCGCUGUUGUGCAGCAGAAACUUCUCAGUUCAUUUUUACUCCCACUGUAUAAUAGUUUAACAAAAAAUUGUUUAUAUCUUGGAAAAAAAACCCUUUCUGUUUAAAAAAAAAUAAACAAGUGAAUGUUGGAAAUUAGUCUGUUAAUGUUCUUAAUAAAGUGUUCUUGGAGUUUAACCUAGCAGCGGAUGGCUUUCUUUAGCUUAGCCCAGUUUUCCAGGGAAGCGUUGUUUUUCCAGGCUGUAAAAUGGCAGAAUCUCCUGGAUAUAUAAUUUAUUCUGUUGGGGGGGAAAAAAAGCAUGCAGUAUCUAUGACCUAUCUGCAGGAGGAGUUUUUGUAAAUGUAGAUUUUGAUGUAUUAGGUCACCCUGAAUAAUACAAGAAAAGGGAUC